AUGUCUGACACGCCUAUUAUCAAAGGUCCCGGCUAUAACUUCACCGCCGACCCUUCGACCUCCACCUUCGCAGUUUCUCCAAAGUCGUAUCUGGCAGCCAAUCAAAAUGAAAACUACAACGUGCUAGCAACUGGCUCUCUAGUCUUCGAUCUCUCCACUCAACCUGAACCUCGGAUUCUACUUCUCCAGCGGUCCCCUGGCGACAGCAUGCCCAACAGAUGGGAGACCCCCGGCGGCGGCUGCGAUGACGAGGACGAGAGCAUUUUGCAUUCUGCCGCGCGAGAAUUAUGGGAAGAGGCCGGCCUGCGGGCAACGCACAUCAGCGGCCCUAUCGGAGAACCUCACCUAUUCCAGAGCAGGUCCGGAAAGAAGAUCGGCAAAUUUAACUUUCUCGUCCAGGCGGAGGUGAAUUCCAAGGGUAUUUUGGAGGUUAAACUUGAUCCAAACGAGCACCAAAAGUUCGUUUGGGCCACCCUGAAACAGGUCCAAGAAAAGAAGGUUAACGACAUCGAGCUGGUUUUUACAACGGCGGAUACGGAGAACGUGAUGCUGGAAGCAUUUUCCUCGAUCAACAAAGAGCACUGA